GUAUGGUAGCUCGCGAUGUACACAAAACAGCAACUGGAUAGAAGGACGGAUCAUUGCAAAUUUGCAAUGGAUAACAAAAGCAGACGACAACCAGCAACAGUCGAAAUAUCUUUCUAGAGAACCAUGGAAGCAACCACCAUACCUUUCUCAACCCUUACUUGCCGUCAUUUCUCUCGUACUUGUUCUUCUUAUUCUUCACCUUCACCCCCAACCCACAAAACCCUCAUUUCCUCUUCCAAUUCAACAAAAUCAACCACCGUUUGCUCUUCCUGGGCACCUUCAACUCUCUCUAUUGCCUUCUCUUCCAGAAAUUCCUUCACCAGAGAGAUAUGGGGGUUGGUGAACUCAAAGAAUGUUGUUACUGUUAGAAGAGAAAUGCGAGGUCUCAUCAAGGCAGAAAUGUUCGGACAGCUAACGACUGGCCUCGAAGCAGCCUGGAACAAGCUCAAAGGAGAAGAGGUCUUGACCAAGGAAAACAUUGUGGAACCUAUGCGAGACAUUAGGAGAGCUCUUUUAGAAGCAGAUGUAAGCUUUCCAGUUGUGAGAAGGUUUGUCCAAACUGUAAGUGAACAGGCUGUUGGUGUUGGCUUGAUUCGUGGAGUGAGACCGGAUCAGCAAUUGGUCAAGAUUGUACACGAUGAACUUGUGAAAUUGAUGGGUGGAGAGGUUUCUGAACUGGUUUUUGCAAAAUCUGGGCCCACUAUAAUUUUAUUGGCUGGCCUACAAGGUGUUGGAAAGACAACUGUUUGUGCAAAAUUAGCUUUCUAUCUUAAGAAACAGGGGAAAAGUUGCAUGCUGGUUGCUGGAGAUGUGUACAGACCUGCUGCAAUUGACCAACUUGUAAUUUUGGGUGAACAGGUGGAUGUGCCUGUUUAUGCAGCAGGAACUGGUGUUAAACCUGCAGAAAUAGCUAGGCAAGGUCUGGAAGAGGCCAAAAGGAAGAAUAUGGAUGUGGUCAUAGUGGACACAGCUGGAAGACUUCAGAUUGACAAGACAAUGAUGGAUGAAUUGAAAGAAGUUAAACGGGCACUAAAUCCCACAGAAGUUUUGCUUGUUGUGGAUGCAAUGACUGGCCAAGAAGCUGCAGCCUUGGUGACAACAUUCAAUCUUGAAAUUGGAAUUACUGGUGCCAUUUUGACAAAGCUAGAUGGGGAUUCGAGAGGUGGAGCUGCAUUGAGUGUAAAAGAGGUAUCAGGAAAGCCAAUCAAACUUGUAGGACGGGGAGAGCGCAUGGAAGACCUUGAGCCUUUCUACCCAGAUCGUAUGGCAGGACGAAUCUUAGGAAUGGGAGAUGUUCUCUCAUUUGUGGAGAAGGCACAAGAAGUUAUGCGCCAAGAAGAUGCUGAAGAAUUGCAGAAGAAGAUAAUGAGUGCAAAGUUUGACUUCAAUGACUUCCUAAAGCAAACUCGUGCUGUUGCACAAAUGGGUUCCAUGAGCCGUGUUAUUGGAAUGAUUCCGGGCAUGGGAAAGAUUACUCCUGCACAAAUUCGAGAGGCAGAGAAGAGCUUAAAGAUAAUGGAAGCCAUGAUAGAAGCAAUGACCCCAGAGGAAAGGGAGAAACCAGAACUGUUGGCAGAAUCCCCUGUCAGGAGGAAGCGAGUUGCUCAAGAUUCUGGGAAGACAGAGCAACAGGUGAACCAACUUGUUGCACAACUUUUCCAAAUGCGUGUACGUAUGAAAAAUUUAAUGGGUGUAAUGGAAGGUGGAUCUAUUCCUGCACUGAGCAAUCUUGAGGAGGCUCUUAAAUCUGAAGAAAAGGCUCCCCCUGGUACAGCAAGGAGGAAAAGAAGGUCAGAGUCGAGGAGGCAGUUUGCGGGCUCAGCAUCAACAAGACCAAGUCCUCGUGGUUUUGGGGCCAGAAAUUGAGUUUUCCAACUUUCAGCGGACAUGGCAACAAGGACCUGAAGAGAUCAAUGGUUGUUAUCUCUCUGUUUGUAUCUUUUGCUUGCAUUGUCUUCCAAUCAUGGAAAGAAAGGAGAGUCUCAAUUGUAUUUUCUGCUAGGAGGUUUUAGCAGAUGCUUGUUGCUAGUUCAAUUAAAAAAUAAAUAAAAUAGCCCCUUGAUAUUUGACCUGAUGAAAGAUGAAACUGGAUAUGAUCUGAAAUCAUUCUUCUCAAUCUUUCAAACUUGUUUGUGUUGUAUAAACAUGUAUAAUCUUGAAGUGAAUGAAAGUAUCAUUUAACAAUUUAGUAUGAA